AUGUUUUCAAGUCCUUACCUCUAAUAUAAACAUAUACAUAUAUAUUCCAUUACCAUUAGCUUUAUUGUACCACGCUUUGAAGCUUAUUUGAGGCUUUGAGGUGUAUUUAGAUAUGGCUUGGAUGAGCAACCAAAGAGCCUCUUCCUCUUCCUCAUCCUCUUAUUUUUCCCCAACUCGGUGGAGUUACGAUGUGUUCUUGAGUUUUAGAGGUGAAGAUACACGUAACAACUUCACUGGCCAUUUGUACACUGCUUUGUGCCAAAGGGGUCUUAACACCUUCAUAGAUGAUGAGCUCAGAAGAGGAGAAGAAAUUGCGCCGACACUCAUCAAAGCAAUCCAAGAGUCGAUGGCUUCCGUCGUUGUGUUCUCUGAAAACUAUGCAUCCUCCAAGUGGUGCUUAGAUGAGCUCGCAUGCAUCUUGGAUUGUAAAGAAUCGAAACGGCAAAUUGUUUUGCCUAUUUUUUACAAAGUGGAUCCUUCGGACGUACGGAAUCAGAGAGGCAGCUUUGGUGUGGCAUUGAGUCGACAUGAAGCCAACUUCAAAAGCAACAACAGCGGCAGCAGCAGCACGGAUCGUGUGCAGAGGUGGAGGACAGCUCUUACUCUGGCAGCCAAUUUCUCUGGAUGGCAUUUCCCGGAUGGGCAUGAAUCUAAGUUUAUCCACAAUAUUGUGGAAGAGAUCUCCCUUCAAACAUCAAAUCGUACAUACUUGAAAGUUGCUAAGUAUCCGGUAGGGUUAGAAUCUCGCGUACGAGAUAUGGAUGAGCUUCUAAGUCUUGGGGAGAAUGAUGUUCGAAUGAUUGGGAUAUGGGGACUUGGUGGGAUAGGCAAGACAACAAUUGCCAAAGCUGUUUACGGCUCUAUUGCCCAUAAAUUCGAAGGAAAUUGUUUUUUGGCAAAUGUUAGAGAAAUGUCGUCAAUGCCACAUGGCUUGGUCGAACUGCAAAAAACUCUUCUUUCUGAUAUUUUGGGAGGCAACAGAAAAUUCAAGGUGACAAGUGUUGAUCAAGGAGCUAAUACGAUCGAGACGAGACUUCGGAAUAGAAGGGUUCUUUUAGUUCUUGAUGAUGUGGAUCAUCGACACCAGUUAGAUAACUUAGCAGGAGGAUCUAAUUGGUUUGGUCGAGGUAGCAGAAUUAUCGUAACAACAAGAGACAAACACUUGUUAACUGCUCAUGGAGUUAAUUUAACGUACAAGGUCAAGGAACUAGAUUUCUAUGAGUCUUCUGAGCUCUUCAGUUGGAACUCCUUUAAGAGAGACAAGCCUCCAAAUGAUUUCCUGAAGCUUGUUGGGCGUGCUGUGUGCUACACAAAAGGCCUUCCGUUAGCUUUGACGGUGUUAGGUUCUCAUCUUUGUGGCAGAAGCAUAGAAGAGUGGAAAGAUGCAUUAGACAGUUACGAAAUAAUUCCUAACAAAGAAAUCCAAGAAAUACUCAAGAUUAGUUUUAAUGGAUUAGAGCAUUUUCAGAAGGAGGUUUUCCUUGACAUUGCAUGUUUUUUCAAAGGAGAAGAUAAAGAUCAAAUCGUGGAUAUACUGAGAAGUUGUGACUUAUUCCCCAUAAUUAGCAUUAAAGUACUCAUAGAUAAGUCUCUCUUAGUUAUUAAUGAGCAUAAUACGUUAACCAUGCAUGAUUUACUUGAAGAUAUGGGCAAGGAAAUUGUUCGUCAAGAAUCGCCUACAGAACCAGGUGAACGUAGUAGGUUGUGGUUUCACGAGGAUGUCUACCGUGUUCUAACAGAACAAACAGGUUCAACUAAAGUUAGAGGCAUACUGAUAAAUAUGCCUAAAAAGAAUGACAUCUCCAUGAGUGCUGAAGCCUUCUCAAGGAUGAAAAAUCUCAGAUAUUUAAUAAAUCUUAAUGCAAGCCUCACUGGAAAUAUUGAUCUGCCCAACGAGUUAAGGCUGCUAAAUUGGUACAGAUAUCCUUUACAGUCCCUACCAUCCAAUUUUCAUCCAAAGAAACUUGUUGCCCUGAAGAUGCCUUCAAGUAACAUAUCGCGGCUCGAGUCAGGUUCUAUGAAACUGGGAACAUUGACAUCUAUGGACUUCUUUGGGUGCGACAAGCUAGAAGAAAUACCCGACUUCACAGGAGUCCCAAACUUGGAGAAAUUGUUUCUUAGAGGAUGUACCAGUUUAGUUGGGAUUCAUGAGUCUGUUGGGUUCCUUGAAAAGCUGGUGACUUUGAAUCUGCAAGACUGCUCAAGCCUUACAAGGUUUCCAACAAGAAUUGGCUUGAAAUCACUGAAAAUUCUUAACAUGAAAGGUUGUAGAAUGCUGGAGAGUUUUCCAGAAAUUGAAGCUGGGACGAUGGUCUUAGAGGACAUUACUUUAGAGUGUUGUGAAAACCUUAGAAAUCUUCCGAGCAGCAUUUAUAAGUUGAAAAAUCUUCGAGAACUUGAGGUUAGAGGCUGCCCCAAACUUUUAGCAUUUCCCGUGAAGGUGAACCCUGAAAAUCCGUCAAGCGUUUCUCAUGAUUACCAAAACUCAUUGGUGUUUCCAAGGCUAAGGUUUCUACGAGUCGGAGAUUGCAACUUAUCAGAAUGUGAAUUCCUUAUGCCAUUCAAUUGUGGGUCCACAUUGACUUUUCUAGAUUUAUCUGGAAGCAGUUUUGUUAGCCUUCCUGAAUGGACCAGCACAUUUGGUAGCUUGGAAUGGCUUAUAUUGCGUGAUUGCAAGAAGCUUCAAGAAAUUCCUCAGCUUUCUCCAUGCAUAAAAGGAAUAAACACAGGUGGCUGCAAAUCUUUGGAAAGAUUUUCAAAACUUUCGAACAUUUUGGAACACAACUCACAGGGUUCUCUUCAGUAUAGCGACUUGUCUAACUGCCACAAACUACUCAAGAGUCUUGACUUUGAUGUGGAAAAGAUGGCAUCCAUGUUACUUAGCCAUUCUCAAACUCACCAGCAGCACGUACAUUUGGACGGCGAGUGCUAUGAGUUUAGCAUUAUACUUCCUGGAAACGACAUUCCAAAGUGGUUCGGCCACCGGAAACAGCCAGCUGAUCCUAAUUACUGUGACUUCAACAUUAAAUUUCCCCCAAAUUUCACCGGGAAGAACACAAGAUUGGCUUUUUCCGCUGCAUUCGGAACCAUAGAUUACACACUCCCUUACGAUUAUGAUGAUUAUGAGAGAUACGGAUUUCAUGUCAGAGUCUUCAUCAAUGGUGAUGAAAUAUUUUCAUUUCAUGAACACAUUAUAUCGCCAGGGUCAGAUCAUGUGUGGCUGCAAUAUAUUUCAUUAUCUAAUAUGAGGCACUGGAAGCGUUACUGGAAUGAAGAGGAGAUCAUGUACAAGUGUGAAGUUAGAUUUCUUCCCUCCGAACCAAUAUUAUUGAAAGCCUGCGGUGUGCAACUAGUAUACCUCGACCCUGGCGGUGGUGAGAACUUUGGCAUCACAACUGAGGAGAUUAUUGAUGAGAAUAAUUCUAUCUAAUUGGAAAACUUCAAGAACAACAACAAUUGAUGCUAAUGUGUUAUUAUUUGUACCAUAUCUAACUGAUAUUCAGUAUCAUUUGUUUGAUAAAUUUGAGAUUCAUAUAAGUGGGUCCUACAUGUAAGGGCAAAACCA